AUGGGUGGUGUUCGGGUGGUGGUGGUGGGGGCGGGGGUGGUGGGUUUCUCCACGGCCGUGUGCAUCGCGGAGAAUCUUCGCCACGUCUCAGUCACCCUGCUGGGGGAGAAGUUCAGCCCCGAGACCACGAGCGAUGGAGCCGCCGGCAUCCUGUUCGCCAACCACAACCCAGAUGUCCCAGUGGAGCAGCAGAGGCGCUGGUUCAAGUCCAGCUUCGACCACCUGCGGCUCAUCGCUCAGUCUGAAGACGCUCCGGAGGCCGGCGUCAUGCUCAGCUCCGGCUGGCAGAUCUUCCGGGACGUUCCUGAAGAUAAAACUCCGUACUGGUCCGACCUGGUGCUCGGGUUCAGGAUCAUGACGGAGCGAGAGAUGGUUCGAUUCCCGGAGCAUCGGUUCGGACAGGCGUUCACCACCAUCAAGUGUGAGUGCAGCCGCUACCUGCCCUGGCUGGAGAAGAGGUUCAGGCGUGCGGGGGGUCAGGUGGAGCAGCGCCGGGUCGAUAACCUCCAGGAUCUCAGCGGUAGUUUUGACGUCAUCGUAAACUGCUCGGGCCUGGGAUCGCGCUCGCUGGCCGCAGACGUCUCCGUGCAGCCGGUUCGAGGCCAGGUCCUGAAGAUGGAGGCUCCCUGGCUGCAGCACUUCAUCCGGGACGGGGACGGCCUCACGUACAUCUUCCCAGGGAUCCAGGGGGUCACUAUCGGAGGAACUCGGCAGGGGGGAGACUGGAACCUGCAGGUGGAGGAAAACGACACUCGGGGCAUUUUGAAGCGCUGCAGCUCCCUGGAGCCCUCGCUGACACGAGCCCGAAUCCUGAGCUCCUGGGUGGGGCUGCGUCCCGACAGGAGGACCCCCCGUGUGGAGGUGGAGAGAGAGGUGGAGGUGGAGGUGAAGAAGGGGGGAAGGAGUGUAACUGUGGUGCAUAAUUACGGGCACGGGGGGGUCGGGGUCACCCUCGCCUGGGGGACGGCGAUGGAGGCGCUGGGGCUCGUGAAGAAGAGCCUCCAGGGAAAUAAAGCCAAGCUGUGAGGGGUUAGAGGGAAACUUAGUCCUGAUUUUACAGCCAAUAAUGUCCCUCAAAUAAACUUAGAGGGCCACUAAAUCCUGCCUCUCGCUCUAAAAUAAACUUAGUCUGCAACUUAGUGUGAAACUAAAUCUGAGUAAAACUCUCCCUUAAACUGUUGGAUUUAAAUCAAAUCAAAACUGAAAUCUUAUUUUCUUUUUUUUAAAUGACCCUCAUUAAAGCUUUGAAGAAGCACUUAGUUAAAGCCAGGGUAAAAACUUACUGGAGCCCUCGCUGAAACGAGCCCGAAUCCUGAGCUCCUGGGUGGGGCUGCGUCCCGACAGGAGGACCCCCCGCGUGGAGGUGGAGGUGAAGAAGGGAAGAAGGAGUGUUAUUGAUCAAGCUUUGGAAGGAGGGUCCUCGGGUGGAGGUGAUGCUGCUGCUUUUACUCACUCUAAAUAAACUUGGAGUGCCAAAUAAACCUACUGAUAACUAACUUUUAACUAAAGUUAGUUUCUUGCUAAAUUAAUUGAAUCCAGAUUUGA